UUUUCCGUCGAACGAGGAGUAUUACUGUGUACCAGAAGUUAACUAUGCUUCCUGGAGUACAUCGCUGUAAUUUGCGCAGUGAUGGCUGCUUUUGCCUAUGGCAGAAAUGCUUCACAUACCUUGUAUCUUGCUUCCGAACGUGAAUUUUGUGCUUAUAAGCACUUGAAUAGACCUGUCUGUGGAUUCUGAUCACACUGAUGAGAAGCCAGUGCUUUCCAAACAGCACCCAAUUCGUCCACGAUUCAAGUACGACUAUUCCACAUAAUAGAUACAACAGCUUUUUCCACUCGUGUGAAACCAUUCGUGGCUGUACAUCAGUCAGUACGGACGUUGGCUUCCGCUCAUCAACAUUCCAAUACAAAAAUCCCAGGUCCCGCUUUUCUUCUUAAAGAUAAUAGAUCGAGACAGCGACGCCUAGGAUGCUCAGCUGCACGACCCAGUUCACUUACCACGGCCGCCCGCUGUCACCAUAUACAAUCUGUUGAGCCGUAUUUUCUAAACAAUCGUGAAUGCGCUCCUGCGCAAUGUGACAUGAGCACAUUCUCCUCUAUUCCAAAAAAACGAAGAGUCUCUACCAAAGGGUUGCACCAAAGGCAACCGAAAAAAUUGGGUUCUCGGGAUACUGCUACGUUGCGGAUACGUGGAGAUGCUGAUUCUAAUCAACGACCAUCAUUGCAGACGAAAAUCACACAGAAAAUGCGAGUACCCCAAAGAUAUGUCUUGUCUUCUAACCACACCAAUAACAAUACCCAGACUUCUCAGACACGGUUUGCCGCAGAGCUACGAGUACGCCUUUCAAAGUUAGCACUAGAACACGAGGCUUCGGGACCCACCGGAACUCCUCAAGAAAAGCUAGACAAUACUAUGGAGUCGAAUAUUUCGCAGUCAAAUGUAUACUCUUCGAGACCGUCUGUCCUUGGAUCGCAGCUCCAGAAACGUGGAACUUGUCACGACUUAGGUGCACCUGAGUCGUUUCCUAGUGACCAAUCACCACCCAUCGUGAAACCAAGCUUUUUGACUGUCCAUGAAAAACCGAUUUGUCACGCGUCGGUUAACCAAGUCUGUGCCAAGGUGUCCGAGAUUGUGAAUUCCACAGCGUCUUUAAGUGGUGACGUAUGGCAGGAGGGAGCUGCCUCUGACGAAGUCCCAGGACGGCACAACUCAGGGCCAGCUAUAGAGAAAGUCGCAGCAGGCGCGGACAAACUUACAUCUUCCUUUUGUGAAUCAAUGGGCGCGAAGAAUCACCGAAAAUUUCCGACUGCUACCGAAUUGCCGAUAACGGAAGGUGGAGAUGAGUUGGAUCGCUUGGAGGAUGAUAAACCAAUGGUAGACGAAGCAGAGUUGGAGGCCUCAGACUCAGAGUCAACCUACACAGGCCGUCAAGUGGAAGUGUUGAACGCUGUGUACCCAGUCAUCGGGUCUUUGUUUCCAAAUGUUCCUUCAGUUCUUCGCUUUGUCGGUGAAGGUCAAACUGUGUUUAAACUUCCAAAACUGCUCCGAACUCGGCUCAAGUGGCGCCUGAGUGCGAUAACCCCAAAUGUGGUCAAAAGAACACUGAAGCGGUCACAUUUCCGACUCACUUUAAGAAGUCCUGACUGGUUAGGAUAUUUCGGUAACCACUUGAAACCAAUGGGUUUUCGUCCUAUUAAAGAGUACCAAAAAGUCAACCACUUUCCUGGUUCUUUCCUUCUGGGACGCAAAGACAAACUGUGGAAUAAUUUGUCUCGCCUAAGGACGCUUUUCGGUCGCAGGGAAGUGGAUUUUGUGCCCAGAACUUUUUCUCUUCCAAGUGACUUCCGCUUACUAAAGGAAGUUUGGGGCCGUCAAAGCCCUCCUGUGCGUGACUCACUGUCUUGUGUGAUUGGAUCACCUACGCGUCCCUGCUGGAUUAUAAAGCCUCCCGCUGCUGCCAGAGGGAUUGGAGUUCGAGUCAUCCGUCACUGGUCCGAGAUUCCUAAACAGCGCCAAAUGAUUGUGCAGUCAUACAUAUCCAGACCGUACUUAAUAAACGACACUAAGUUUGACUUACGUCUCUACGUCUACGUUACGUCCUUCAAUCCACUUCGAGCCUAUCUACAUCGAAACGGUCUUGUUCGCUUCGCAUCUCAAAGGUACUCAUCUGCAGUAGCAGACAUGCACAACCGGUACAUUCAUCUGACCAAUUAUUCUAUCAACAAGCAUACUAAGCAAACUCAACCGGGCUUCGAGAAUCAUAAAUGGAAGUUGGAAUCCCUCUGGGCUUACCUUCUGCAACGCGGUGUAAAUGUCGAUGGUUUAUGGUUGCUGUUGAGGGAUAUUGUGUUCAAAACCCUUGCUUCUGUGACAAACUCCAUUGCCAUAAUGGUGGACCAAAACUGUCGUAGACGUGCUUGCGUUCAUGAGUUAUUCGGAUUUGACGUUUUGUUAGACGAAAAUUUAAAACCCUGGCUGCUGGAGGUCAAUGUGUCACCAAGUUUGCACACGAAUUCCAAUCUUGACAAUGAAGUAAAGACUGAAGUUGUCACAGACAUGUUCAAUGUCGCAGGAUUUCGAUUGCCACCCGAAUAUCGCUGCGUCAACUUUCAAAUUCCAUCUCUGGAUGAAGUUACGUCUACCUCAACCUCACUGUCUACAAACGACAUCACUGGAGACAGUACUUUCGGUUUGUUCGGGACCAGAAGUAAAGCGGUCAGUCGUAUUCCCUCCUCCACACUCCCGUUCAACCGGACGCAAACCCCACCGAACCGUCCUCUUGGCGAUUCGAAGCCUAUUCGUGGCGCUGCUUGUCCGAAAUACCCCUUGGUUAAAUUUCAAGCCGCAGAUGCCGAUAAAUUGAAGCAUCUUAAUCAAACCAAUAACUUCGGGAUCAAUCCUUUCUAUCCUCUGUCUGACCCUCGUUUAUGGGAUUUGACGCUGUCUUGGGACGAGAGACAGAAGCAUCUGUUUCACUCACGUCUAAUGUCUAGUGAGGAAGGGUUGCGAUGUCUGUCUAGGCAAACCGGCGUAUGCUUUUCCAAGGAACAUUCGGCAAAGCUGUGCCGCACAUCAAGGUCGAUGCCACGCCCUACGGCUGUCCGUAAGCAUUCAGUGCACCGCCCACCCUUGCAAUCAUCGAGUUUGGCACUACCAGAUAAACUGGGCAGUCUCGUCUCACACCUCACUCCGGAUGAUCUUCGAACACUCACCGAAUUCGUGGAUGAGCGCUACAGAGCUGCGAUGGGAAACUUUGAACCAAUUUUCCCAAUUCCCGGCGUACAAGGUCUUCGUCUUCUCUUGUUCUUAGAGAGCUGUGGCAGCGACGUGUACCCGGGUCAGUUAGGGUCACGAACCCCUGCUCUGCGGUAUUACGAUCUGCUGCAGUACGCUUUUCUUACAGUCCAUGGCGUAGAACAAGCCGAGUCAGCCACUUAUGUAAGAAUAGUUCCGUUGGAUGUCUCAACAGCCAUUCAGCUACCAGAUUACCAAAUGCUGGGAACUGGAAAGUUGUCCGACGCUGGCCUGACUGUGGCGUCUCGAAUGACCGGAAUCACCCGAAAGGGUUUGCUGCGCUUGACGGAAGCCUGCCGAAGUGGACUUCAUAUUGCUGCUACUGAGAAUAAAACCCAAAUCCAUCCGUGGAGCCACCCCACACACCUCGUCAAUGGACAUUACGCUCCCAACACUGGACCCAAGUUUACGCGGAGUCCUACUAAUCUGAUUCAACCAGAGAGUAAACCUCAAGUGACUCGGAUAUCACGUGCAUCAGCUUCACAUGAUACUUGUGAAAGCAUCCUGGGAGGAGCAGUAUGCUUUCGGGCGCAAUCCGCCGCAACGAUUCGCACCGAACAAACUAAAUGUGGUACCUCUUCCAACGGCUAUUCUCAUACCCCCAUUUACUCCGACGACUCUGUUCGGCUACAGUACAGGCGUUCUACACCUUGCUCUACACGGCCAAGUAAAGGAUCAAAGACUUCCAGCUCCGUUAAGGAGGAGGGAAACUCUGUUCGCACUUCUCUCAUGCACUUGCGCGCUGAGCGUAAAAAUCAUGAAACAUGUUCGGCGAGACGUUAUACUUUCAAAUACUCCGAUUCACCACAUUCAUUUGACUGGGUUCAGCAAACUAAACCAACCUACUUCCAAAGGAAAGCUAGUGCGCCAGUUCGACACCAGUUUGACUCCGAAAGGCCUCUUAAGGAAUCUCCGUGGGGAUGCAAAUCUGGAGACUGGAAAGUCGGAGUUGAUAUGUGCCGUAACGUUCUUUCUGCCACAGUAACUCCACGAAUCGCCUCAAAGCUGAUCUCACCCGGCGCCACCUUAAUAAGUCCAACGUGUAUUCCUACUCGUUAGACCCUUGGAACCCAUCAUGUCUGCCUUAUGCACCCUUAAAGGACCAAUUAGCGAUACUGCACCCGCUCAACUUUCUCCCCUUCCUGUUCAACGCUCAGGCCGAAUUUCCACAACCCCUCUUUUGGAUUGUAUCGCAUUUUCCGAUAGAUUCAGAUUGCGUUUUUCAUUCGGAACAUCAAUUCUUCUGUUCAUACAUAAUGAUGCGAUGGAAUUCGAUUGACCUCUGGGAAACAUUGGUGCUUCAAGCGGUUUCAUCCCUCAGUGCUUAAUCUGAAUGGGUCUUUGCAAAACAACCGCAACCCCACCUGUGAAAAGCAUUUCACUGCCGUCGGCAUCCGCCAAAUGUGGCUCACUCUCAUUUUGCCAGAAAAUUCUGUUUAUUUUCACUGCUUGUAUUUGAAGGGGAAACCAUGCAUUUUCUCUUCGAUGAUGUUUGUGUGCCCGGGAUGCCUAGCAGCAUCGCAGCAAUGUCGUCGUGCUGAAUUUGUCGGUUUGUUGAUCAUGGACUAACAUAUUCGACCUCAGUCGGUUCCACAGAGUCUCUCUGUGAUAUACUAUCUCAAUCCUACUGUGGUCUUUUGCUG